AUGGCCGCGUUACUAUCGGGUGCCGUCUAUGGCGCCUCUACCGUAGCAGCGGGUGUGUUUUUACCCUCUACGAUUAUCAACCAGUUCAAGUUCCAAGACUGGCACAUGGUGCAAACCUCUCUUGGUGCCGUUGCAAGCAGCGCUAUCAUCUACAAGGUUGCCGAAAAAUAUGGUUAUUUGAAGCUCAAGCCUAGAAGUUCAUCUCCUAUUGGACUCUUCGGGCAGUAUGACGGCAACGUUUUAGGCGGAUUUCUCCUUGGUGCUGGUAUGGCUUUGUCAGGAUCGUGCCCAGGCACUUUGUUCGCACAAGUUGGAGCUGGUCUACGGACCGGCAUCUACGCUCUCGGAGGAGCCAUCGCUGGCGGUAUAGCCUACACCGGUUAUAUUGCACAAGCAGCCAAAGCUCAAAGGGACAAGGCAGAUGUGAAGCCCGAGACAGUAACUCUAGACGAGAACCUCGGGCUCUCCAAGGAUACAACCGUUGCCAUAUUCGAAUCUGCCUGCAUAUCUGCCAUUGCUGCAUCCGUUGUAUACACCGCUGGCUCGGACUGGUCACUUUUCUCCGCUGGCGGUGGUCUUUUUAUCGGUAUCUCCCAGCUUUUCUCCAUCCUCAUCCGUCGCUCCAUGCUUGGUAUUUCAGGCUCAUACGAAGAACUCGGCAACCACUUCUGGUGGCUUACCCGAGGUGCAUCUUGGCCGACCAGCCGACAGAACACACUGUUUGCCACGGGUAUGGCGACAGGUGCCUGGGCCAUCACCAAGGUCUUCCCGUCCUUUGUCCCGCGUGAUGUUGUUGAAACUAAAGCUUGGCUUGCGGCAUCCGGUGGCUUUCUGAUGAUUGUAGGCUCAAGGUUGGCGGGAGGCUGCACUUCUGGGCAUGGCGUAAGUGGUCUGUCGAUGAUGUCUACAUCGAGUCUCGUCACUAUGAGCACUGCGUUUACUGCGGGAAGUUUGAUUGCGCCUCUAGCCCACUAG